AUGAUGUUCACGCCCCAGAGGAAGGCGUUAAAUGCCCAAUCACUGACGCCGAGGAGCGGCGCCGUCGUUUCGAACCCUAGGACCGCUGGGAAGGGUAAAGCGGUGGCGUUUGUGGACGGUCCGCCGCCGCCAUUGGGUUCGCUGAGCGAAAGUGGACCCACUCCGGAUUUUGACACGGGCGAUAUGGACGAUUGGAGGAGGUUUAAGGAGGUUGGAUUGCUAAACGAGGCGGCUAUGGAGCGCAAGGACCGCCAAGCGCUCGCCGACAAGGUCUCUAAGCUGCAAAAAGAGCUUUAUGAUUACCAGUAUAACAUGGGGCUUCUCCUGAUCGAGAAGAAAGAGUGGGCUUUAAGGCAUGAAGAAUUGGGGGAAGCUUUGGCUGAAACUCAGGAGAUUCUUAAAAGAGAACAGUCUGCAAACUUAAUUUCAAUAUCUGAAGUUGAGAAGCGAGAAGAGAAUUUGAGGAAAGUAUUGGUUGCUGAGAAGCAGUGUGUAGCCGAGCUAGAAAAAGCUUUGCGUGAAAUGCAUGAGGAGCACGCCCAAAUAAAGCUCAAGUCUGAGGCAAAGUUGGCUGAUGCAAAUUCAUUAGUUGUCGGAAUUGAAGAAAAAUCUUUGGAGACAGAUGCAAAGUUUCUUGCUGCUGAAGCCAACAUUGCUGAGGUCAACAGAAAGAGUACAGAGUUGGAGAUGAGAUUGCAAGAGGUGGAGGCACGUGAAAGUGUGCUUCGAAGGGAGCACCUUUCCUUAAGUGCAGAGAGAGAGGCACAUAAGAAAACUUUUUACAAACAAAGAGAAGACUUGCAAGAAUGGGAGAGGAAGCUACAAGAAGGGGAAGAGAGGCUAUGCAAGCUUCGGAGAAUUCUGAAUGAGAAAGAGGAAAAAGCAAAUGAAAAUGAUUUAAUAAUGAAGCAAAAGGAGAAAGAGCUUGAUGAGGUGCAAAAGAAAAUUGAACUUUCAAACACUAUACUGAAAGAAAAAAAAGCUGAUGUGAAUAAACGACUAGCUGACUUAGUAUCAAAGGAAAAGGAAGCUGAUUCUGUGGGAAAGAUCUUGGAGUUGAAGGAGAAGGAAUUACAUGAAUUGGAGGAAAAACUAAGUUCACGAGAAAAUGCGGAGAUUGAACAGGUGCUUGACAAGCAAAGGGCCCUUUUCAAUACGAAAAUGCAGGAGUUCGAGUUGGAAAUGGAAGAAAGGAAGAAAUCUCUUGACAAGGAACUGAGUGGCAAGGUAGAAGUGGUGGAACAGAAGGAAUUGGAAAUCAACCACAGGGAAGAAAAGUUGUUAAAGCAAGAGCAAGCAUUGCAUGAGAAAUCAGAGAGGCUGAAGGAGAAAAAUAAGGAACUUGAAACAAAGUCAAAAUUUUUGAAGGAGAACGAGAAAACCCUCAAAGUUAAUGAGGAAAUGUUAGAGGUGGAAAGGCAACAAGUAAUUGCUGAUUUAGAGAGUUUUCAGAAUCUUAAAGGUGAAAUUCAGAAGAUAAAGGAUGAAAAUGUUCAACUGGAGCUGCAAAUUCGAGAAGAGAGAGGGAAGCUGGUAAUUACUCAGGAAGAGAGGUCAGAACACCUCCGUUUGCAGUCAGAACUGCAGCAGGAAAUAAAGACAUAUAGACUUCAGAAUGAGUUACUUUCAAAGGAAGCUGAAGAUUUGAAGCAGCUGAGGGAAAAGUUUGAGGAAGAGUGGGAAAAUUUGGAUGAGAGAAAAGCUGAAAUUAGCAGAGAGCUAGAGAAAAUUGUUGAAGAGAAAGAAAAAUUGGAAAAAUUACAAGGCACAGAAGAAGAAAGGUUGAAAGAAGAGAAACAUGCAAUGCAAGAUUACAUAAAGAGGGAGCUGGACACUCUCAAUCUAGAGAAAGAAUCAUUUGCGGCUAAGAUGAGGAAUGAGCAGUUUGCCAUAGCUGAAAAGGCCCAAUUUCAGCAUAGUCAAAUGGUGCAAGAUUUUGAGUCUCUAAAAAGAGAUCUUGAGGUUGAUAUGCAGAAUAGGCAGCAGGAAAUGGAGAAACACCUGCAGGAAAUGGAGAGAGCUUUUGAGGAGGAGAGGGAUAGAGAAUAUACUAAUAUCAAUUACUUGAAGGAAGUUGCUGAAAGGAAGAGCGAAGAAUUAAGAUCUGAAAAGCAUAGAAUGGAAAAGGAAAGGGAAGAGCUUGCACUGAACAAGAAACAGGUGGAAGUAAACCAACUUGAAAUGCGCAAAGACAUUGAUCAGCUUGCUAUGCUUAGCAAGAAGAUCAAGCACCAGAGGGAACAGCUUAUUGAGGAAAGAGGUCGCUUCCUUGCUUUUGUUGAGAAGAUUAAAAGUUGCAAGGACUGUGGAGAAAUGACAAGGGAGUUUGUACUUUCUGAUCUCCAAGUACCUGGAAUGUACCAUGUUGAGGCUGUUUCUCUGCCAAGGCUCAGCGAUGAAUUUUUAAAGAACUCUCAGGCUGAUUUAUCUGCUCCUGAUUUGGAAUACCCAGAAUCAGGAUGGGGAACAUCUUUGCUCCGCAAAUGCAAGUCAAUGGUUUCUAAAGUAUCUCCAAUUAAAAAAAUGGAGCAUAUUACUGAUGCAGUGUCUACGGAAUUGCCACCACUAUCAACUAUGCAGGUUAAUGAGGGAGCAAGAGGGCAUAGCGGUCAUGAAGAUGAGCCUGAGCCAUCUUUUAGGAUGCCUAAUGACGCAAUUUCUCAACCGCUACCAUCUGAUAACACUACUAAAGAAGUGGAUGAUGGGUAUGCUCCAUCAAUUGAUGAUCAUAGCUUUAUUGACAGUAAGGUGAAAGAUGUUCCAGAUGAUUCUGAGCAAUCAGAGCUAAAGAGUUAUCAGCGUAAACCAGGUCGGGGACGCAAGUCCAGACUGUCAAGAACACGCACAGUGAAGGCAACGGUUGAAGAGGCGAAGAUUUUUCUACAAGAUACUCUGGAAGAACCAUCAAAUGCAAGUAUGCUGCCGAAUGAUAGUAGUAACAUUCAUGAGGAAAGUCGGGGUGAUUCCAGUUUUGCUGAGAAAGCAAAUAGUAGCAUUGGAAGGAAACGAAGGCGUGCUCAGAGCUCUAGGAUUACAGAAAGUGAGCAGGAUGAUUGUGAUAGCGAAGGACGUUCUGGUAGUGUCACAACAGCUGGUGGGCGCAGGAAGAGGCGACAAUCUAUUGCUUCCUCUGUGCAAGCACCUGGAGAGCAGCGAUAUAAUCUCAGACAUCGCAAGACUGCAGGCUCAGUCACAGCAGCACCGGCUGCGGCUGACCUGAAAAAGAGAAGGAAGGAAGAAGCUGGAGGUGGUGGUGCAGAACCAAAUCCGGAAUCUGUUUCAUCAUUGGGGAUGGCUGGUGAGACUGGGCAAACUGCACAGUUGAUGCAGGUCACAACUUCAAAAAGUGUGGAAUUCUCACAGGAGCGAGUAGAGAGGUUUAGCACACCAGAAGACAUUCUUGAUGGCAAUGCUGCUGAUGCAGCAAAAACAGUUGAAAAUACAGAGUUGAGUGGGGAAGAUAAUGGUACACCAGAGUCUGGUAGUGGCAACAACACAGUUGGUGAGAGCGACGAUGAUUACGAUGAUGAGGAACGUCCUGGGGAGGCGUCAAUAAGAAAGAAGAUUUGGAAUUUCCUUACAACAUGA